AUGGUCAGAACAAAAUCCCUCUGGGCACUUGUCCUGGCACUCUCUGUCCAUACACAAGCCAGGCAGUUCCCCGUGGGAAAGUCCAAGUACACCCUGGACGACAUUCGUCCAUUGACCGAUCCCUCUUCCGGCCUGGUCAAGUGUUGCCCCGAGGGAACAGAAUUCGAUGGCAAGGCCUGUGUCCUUGGUGUACCGACUUGUCCCGAUGGUUUCAUCCGCAAAGAAGACAAGUGCGUGUCCACGGUCAAGCCCAUCUGUCCCGAGGGCAGCGAAUACGACGGCAAAGUCUGUAUCUCCACCUCAGAGCCAACCUGUCCGCCCCCGACCGUAUGGAAGGGCAAGUCCUGCGUGACCGGACCUCCCACCUGCCCGUCUGGUUUCGUGUAUAAUGGCAAUGUGUGCCAGUCGAAGGAGGGCCCCAGAUGUCCCGAGAACUACACGUUCAAUGGCAAGACGUGUGUCAGUGUCAAAAAGCCCCAGUGUCCCGAAGGGUUGGCUUUCCAAGACGGGCACUGCGUCAGCGAUCGCCCCCCUGUCUGUCCAGCAGGCACGGAGUACCACAAAACAUUGAAGGUGUGUAUCUCCGUCUCCGGACCGGAGUGCGAGGAAGGCAGCCGUGUCAAGGACGGGGUGUGCGUAUCCGACAUCAAGCCCUCCUGUCCCGAAGGCAGCACGUUCCAACCCACCAGCGGGAAAUGCACCACGACGGCCAAACCCGCCUGCCCGCCGGCCUCCGAGCUGGACCCCGUCACCAAGAAAUGCGUACUGUCCGAGUCAGCCAGCUGUCCGACUGGAAGUGAUCUCUCGCUCGAUGUGGCCUCCAACACCGCUCGCUGCUGUCCCCCGCAGAUGACGUGGAAUGGUGAAGUGUGCCUGAUGGGAGUCGACGAGAACGGCAAAUGCCCGCCGGGAAUGACGCUCGUCGGCAAGUUCUGCCAGAAGCAGGCCAUCAAGGUUGCAACCUGCCCACCCAAAUCCAAACUUGACGGCAGCCGCUGCGUCUCGACCGAACCCCCCGAAUGCCCGCCUUCCUACAUCCUCGACGGCGCCACCUGCACCAUGAUCGAAAAGCCCCAGUGUCCACCUGGCCUGAUCCUCUCCGGCGAAAACUGCAUCUCCUCCGUCCACGUCAGCUGCCCACCAGACACCAAAUACGAGUCCGGCCUCUGCGUCAGCCUCUCCCGCCCCCAGUGCGAAGAAGGCUUCACCUUCGACGGCACCAACUGCAUCUCCACCACCCACAACCCCAAGUGCGAGGACGACAACGCCACCUUAAACGGCGAGGACUGCACCUCCGGCCACUCCCCCGCCUGCCCAGAGGACACCAUCUUCGACGGCACCCGCUGCGUCUCCCGCAUCACCCCGUCCUGCCCCGCCAACUCAGUCCCCAACGGCGAAGGCGACUGCAUCACCAGCUCCAUCCCCUCCUGCGCCCCCGGCUCCACCCUCGUCGCCGGCGGCUGCGUCGUUGGCAUCCCCACCUGUAUCAAGGGCACCGUCUUCGACGGCAAGCAGUGCGUCAGCCCCAAGGACCCAGAGUGCCCGCCCGACCACAAGUGGACAAACGGGCGCUGCAUCAGCCUCAUCACCACCGAGUGCGAGCCAGGCUACACCCUCCUCAACGGGGAGUGCGUCUCGGACCGCAAGCCCGAGUGUCCGGCCAACACGCACUUCGACGGCCAGAACUGCGUUGGUUCAGUGCCUGAGUGCGAACCCGGUCUGGAGUUCGACGGCGAGGAGUGCGCUCACCCCGAGGAGCCGACCUGUCCCGCGGGUAUGCGCUUCAACGGGAAGAAGUGUGUCGGUGAGAAGGACCCCGUCUGCCAGCCUGGCACCGUCUACAGCAAACAGGCCAAGGAGUGUCUUUCCAUUGAGCGACCUGCUUGUCCGCCUGGCCAGGUCUUCAACGGCAAGCAGUGUGCUCUGGCGUCGGGUGAUUGCAUGAACUUUGAGUAUUGUCCUCCGACGGGAAUUCCCGAGUGCCAGCCUGGUUCGGUGUUUGAUAAGCAUACGGGCAUGUGUGCGGACUGGUAG